GGAUGUUGUAUGCAGUGCAGGAGCGCGCGAAAAGGGACACUACUAAGACGCUGUGAUCAGUUCACGACAAAUCGACUGACCAAGACGUGACAACCCACACACCUUUACGCAUAGCGUUUUGUAAAGUAAGGCUUUUACUUUGUCUCAGUUGCGGUUCUUGAACUAAUUCCUGUGAGCCAUGGCCAGCAUGCUCGCGAGGAGGGCAUGCUGCAAUAGCACUAGCCUAUUGUUGGAACAGUUACCUGGUGCAUCUGAAACACUUCUCGCACAGGUGUCCCGGUGGGAGAGGUGCUUCAGCGGCGCCUGCGCCAGCACAUCAUCCGGCACGGCCGCCUGGCCGGCUACGCAGUUAUUUGCUGGCAUCAGAUGGCAUUCUCAAAGCGCAUCAGCCGGUGCACCCUCGGCAGCGGCAUCCCCCGCCUUGUCCGCGGCAUCGCAGGCUGUCUCCAUUGCGCAGCUUCCCCAUCGCGGCCUCUCAACAUCAGCUUUGACCGCCUCAGCCGCAGCAGCAUCACCUGCAGUUGUAGCGGCAACAGCAGAGGCAGCCGCUGGGGCCUCGACCUCGUCUUCUAGCAACUCCUCGCUCCAAGCGCCAUGGCCCUUCAUCGAUCCAGCCAAGCCGCAGGUGCUACCUGUUGCGGUACCUCGGACACGUCGGACGCCUCAGCCACUAAACGUGGCGCUGCAGCAGCUGCUGGGCCCUCUGCGACCGGGCCAGCGUGCAAGCCACGCCCUGGAGGUGUUUGUGCGCUUCUCCCUCGACCCACGCCGCUCCGACCACCUGGUCCGCGGCAGUGUUGUACUGCCGUACGGCACCGGCAAGAAAGUACGACUGGUGGUGUUUGCAAAGGGCGCGGAUGCGGACAUUGCGCGACAGGAGGGUGUGGACCUGAUUGGCGAUGAGGAGCUGAUCAGCGCCAUCGUGAGUAGCGAGGGAGCCGCCAUCACCUUUGACAAGCUGAUCGCCACACCCGACUUCAUGCGCCCGCUGGCCCGGGCGGGCAAGGUGCUGGGACCCAAGGGGCUCAUGCCCAACCCCAAGAUGGGUACCCUCACCACCGACGUCGCCAAGGCCAUCCGGGAGACCCGCCGCGGCCGCCUGGAUUACCGCUUGGGCCGCGACGCCACGGUCCGUGCCGCGCUGGGCCGUACGAACAUGCCGUACGAGCACCUGUCGGCGCAUGUGGGCGGGUUGGUGGCCUCGCUGCUGGAGAACAAGCCCAAGGCGCUAGGGGGCCCCGUCGGGGCGGCAGUAGGAGCGGCGGGAGGGGCCGGCGCGGCGGUGGGAGGCGCGGUGGGAGGAGAGGGAGUGGCGACGGGAGGAGCGGCGGCGACGGCAGCGGCGGCUGGGUUGGAGGGCUACGUGCGCACCUUCCUGCUCAAGACCACCAAGUCCGCCCCGGUGGCGGUCACCUUCGAGUCGCUGGGGGAGGCGGUGCAGGCCUACCGCAACCUGGUGGGGGGAGCAGCGGCGGCAGCAGGGGGAGCGGCGGCGGAGCAGCAGGACCAGCAGCAGCAGCCGAAGAAGCAGUAAUGGGCUGCUGCCGUAGUGGAGUGAAGGAGCCUCCUGGGCGGCGGUGGCAGGGGAAGCAGCGGCUGCGAGAGGAGCGGUAGCAGCUGGGAGUUGACGGGCCGGCUUACCCACACCGGGGGCUGUGUCUAACAGCAACAUAGGAAUGGUUGCAACCCGCGCGCGAGAGUGCUGUUGCUGUAGGCGGGGCUGGCGGGCGGAGCGCUGCUCAUAUUGCACCGGGUGGCUGUGCGGCUCCUCUUGUCCUCUUGUUGUCACCUCUUGUGGUGGCUGCUAAGUGAUGCGGUGCGGCCAAAGGAUACCGUAUAUACCGGUAUCGGGAGGUAAUUAGCAUGGAAAGGCUGCUGGUGGCAGAAGGCCAGUGAUGGUGUGGGGUUUCGGACAGCGGGCGAGGUAGUGGGUGGGUCGACAAGACGUUGGGAUUGCGGGAUCCCUUUUCCUUGAUGCAUGUCUAUGUGUGCGUGAGUACGUGUGUGCGGUUUGUGUCUACCGGUGCAUUUGGGUGCGCUUUUGCUGCGGGUCGCACUUUGGGGGUCCUGUGGAGAAGUCAACGACAGGUUUGGACGGGUAAAUAUGAUUCCGGUGCAAAAAGCAUUGAUGUGAGCUUGUAAGAUACAAGGAGGCAAGGCAGCCGCGAGGGCCAUGCAAACGGACAGCGCGUGGGCUAUUGGAAUUCUGCAAUCGCAGGCUUCUUGUUACCGCGUCCUUAA